UGGACCCCAGACUUCGUCUUUAUAAAGUUCUAUAUCAGAUAUAACAACGGCUUAAAAGGCUAUGCUUAUAGAUGUCCCUUGAUUUAUAGAAAAGCGUCGUCCGAGCUCUACCUGCUAAAACUUUACUACAAGAUUGGGCACGCUAUUUCUUUACCCUGGCAAAACGAAGACGAUGAGGACACCGAUAAAGAUCCCUUGGAAGAGCAAGAGCGCUUUGAAAAGAGUAGUGAGGACUUCUGGUUUUCUUUAAAAAAACAGCAAGAUAUUAAGCUAAUCCGCUAUACUCCUUCCCAAAACAAGCUUUAUUUAUUCCUAUACUAG